AAUAUCGUCCAUCUUCAGACAACGUGAAAGAAGCUGAAUAAAAGCGUGGCUUGGUAGUGUUCACGUGUUUGUUGAAGUAUUUUAUUAUUAAUUCGGUUGUAAAUUCGUUUAUUUAAAAUGGAAAUUGUUAUUAAUGAGAACGAUAGUGCUGUUGCGGAGAAGAACAAUGCUCAAAAAGGAGAAACGACUUCGAAACGAAGGCAUCUUAGUGAAUCACAAAUGGAGGUUGAUGUUGUCAAUGGUAUUGAAGGAAAGGUUAAAAGUAGGACUCCUAAUAAAAGACUGAGAAAUGUUGAAGGUGGAGAAAUGAGAAAAGUGGCAGUUCCAGCUCAUCGCUAUACACCUCUAAAGGAAAACUGGAUUAAAAUUUUUCCACCAAUUGUCGAGCAUCUGAAGCUCCAAAUUCGUUUUAAUUUGAAAACAAGAAAUGUAGAAAUUCGAACAGUACCUGGAGAAACUCAAGAUAUUUCUAAUCUCCAGAAAGGUGCUGAUUUCGUAAAAGCAUUUAUUCUUGGGUUUGAAGUUGAUGAUGCUUUAGCUUUACUUCGUUUAGAUGAUUUAUUUAUUGAAUCAUUUGAAAUCCAAGAUGUUAAACCACUGAAAGGUGAUCAUUUAUCAAGAGCUAUCGGGAGAUUAGCUGGAAAAGGAGGAAGAACUAAAUUUACUAUUGAAAAUGUCACUAGAACUCGAAUUGUCCUAGCAGACUCAAAGAUUCAUGUUCUAGGAUCAUUUCAAAAUAUCCAAUUAGCUAGACGAGCCAUCUGUAAUCUCAUUCUGGGGACUCCACCAUCAAAAGUUUAUGGACAACUACGAAAUGUUGCUUCACGGGUAUCAGAACGUUUAUAAAAUAUGUAAAUAUAUACAUACAUACUUUUUGUAAAUAAUUAUUACUCUUUAUAAUAAAUUACUAAGAAAUAAA